GUCGCACCGGAAUGUUCUGAACGACGCUCCGAGCUCCGGCCAUGGAGUAAAGACAUGGAACACGGGGAACACAUGAAGGAACAGGCAGGAUGACGAACCAGACUCACGUGAACCAGCUCAGCUCCAAAAAGGACAAAGAGGAAACAGCUCGAGAUGACAACACGGAGCUCGGCUUUAAAGACGCCGGACACUGCAGCCGCAACACGCACAACCUGCUGCUGGGAUUCACCGUGGGAGGUAAAAAAAUAUAUAAAAAUAAUAUGAUCGAGUUUUGCUGGUAUGAUCGAGUUUUGCUGGCGUUAGAUGAUCGAGUUUUGCUGGCGUUAGAUGAUCGAGUUUUGCUGGCGUUAGAUGAUCGAGUUUUGCUGGCGUUAGAUGAUCGAGUUUUGCUGGCGUUAGAUGAUCGAGUUUUGCUGGCGUUAGAUGAUCGAGUUUUGCUGGCGUUAGAUGAUCGAGUUUUGCUGGCGUUAGAUGAUCGAGUUUUGUUGGCGUUAGAUGAUCGAGUUUUGCUGGCGUUAGAUGAUCGAGUGCAGACGGUGUUGAAGAUCGUCCCUGUGUCUGUGUCAAACCAGACGGAGCCUCUGCUGGUCGGGAAGAAGAAACUGGAGAACAAGUGGGGCAUGAACGUCCUGGGUCUGAUCGGGUUCUUCAUCACCUUCGGGAUCUGCAUGAGUCGGAUGGGAGAACGUGGACGCGUCAUGUGCGACUUCUUCAACAUCCUCAACGAGAUCAUCAUGACCAUGGUGUCCAUGAUCAUGUGGUACUCCCCCGUGGGCAUCGCGUCUCUGAUCGCGGGGAAGAUCGCCUCCAUCGGGGACCUGGAGGUGGUGGCGCGUCAGCUGGGCAUGUACAUGGUGACGGUGAUGGUGGGGCUGAUGAUCCACGGGGGGCUCAUCCUGCCCGCCAUCUUCUUCGCCAUCACCCGGAAGAGCCCCCUCACCUUCUACUCGGGCAUCUUCCAGGCCUGGAUCACGGCUCUGGGCACGGCCAGCAGCGCCGGGACGUUGCCGGUGACGUUCCGGUGUCUGGAGGAGGACCUGAAGAUCGACAAACGGGUGACGCGCUUCGUGCUUCCGAUCGGCGCCACCAUCAACAUGGACGGCACGGCGCUGUACGAGGCGGUGGCGGCCAUCUUCAUCGCCCAGAUGAACGACAUCACCCUGGACGGAGGACAGAUCGUCACCGUCAGGUCAGAACCUCCCACUGCUCCUGCGGCGGUGGUGCCCACGAGCAACACACUCCCACUGCUACUGAUCCUGACCGCCGUGGGUCUGCCCACGCAGGACAUCAGCCUCCUCAUCGCCGUCGACUGGCUCCUUGACAGGAUGCGCACGUCCAUAAACGUGGUGGGCGACUCGUUCGGCGCCGGGAUCGUGGACCACCUGUCGAAGGCGGAGCUGGCGGAACUCGACGCCGCUGAGCUGCAGCUGACGGCGCCGGCGGUGGAGACGCCGGCGGAGGCGCCCGCAGAGGGGGACGAGCUAGACUUCGUGCCCCCUCCCCCCGUCCUCACCGAGCUGGAGCUGGUGGACCCUGUGCGCCCGCCCGAGCUGCCGCCCCGCUCCCCCCGCCCGCCCAAACUCAACCACCACACGCUGUCGCAGCACUCGGCCACGUACUCGCCCGCCUGCUGCUCCGUCCGCUCGCCGUCCCCUCGCUCCAUACGCUCACCCUCCCCCCGCUCCCUCUGCUCACACUCCCCCCGGCCGUUCCGCACCCACUCCCCCCACCUCCUCCGGCGAGCCGAGGCCGGGUACUGCGCCCUGCCCAGCUGCGACAACCAGAUUCUGCCGCGGCCGCGUUCCUUCAGAGCAAUAGAGCGUGACCGAGAGCGCGAGCGUCUGCGGCGAGAGAGCGAGACGGAGGACGACGACGACCGCGACAUCAGAGUGUUGGACCUGAGCGACGGCGAGGAGAGCGACGACACGGCGUAUGACCGGAGACACGCCCUCUCGUCAUGUGACCUGCCCUGA